GAACGACAUCACUUACCCACAACACAUUCAUUCACAUAAGGGAGAGCUACUUCCACAGUUGAGUUAGAGUGAUCCGCUCCAUUUGCCAGAGGAACAUCACUCCUUUUUGCUGCUAUUUGCUCAGACAAGCUUUCAGAACAAGGUCUUGUACUAACUAGAGUACACAAUGAGCUUGUUCAUUCCUGUUUUUGCUGUGAUUCUCACUUUGUAUCAGAUUGAGAGGAAUCCUGCCAGUGCUGGGAUGUGCUGGCUGCAGCAGAGUCAAGAUCAAAGGUGUGACAUGGUGCUGAUGAGAGGGGUGACCAGAGAGGAGUGCUGUGCCGGCAGCCGCCUGGACACAGCAUGGUCCAACACCAGCCUGCCCAUGAAUGAGGUCAGCCUGCUGGGCUUCCUGGGAAUUGUCUCCUGUAAACCAUGUAAAGAGACUUGCGAGGGAGUCAAAUGCAGUCCCGGGAAGGUUUGCAAAAUGAAGACGGGAAGGCCUCAGUGUGUGUGCUCUCCAGACUGCGCUAACAUUUCCCGGAAGCAUGCUGUGUGCGGCAGCGACGGGAGGUCAUAUAAGGAUGAGUGCACUCUGCUGAUGGCCCGCUGCAUGGGACACCCGGACCUGGAGGUCAUGUACCAAGGAGACUGUAAAAAGUCGUGCUCCAAUGUGGUGUGCCCAGGUACCCACACCUGUGUGACGGACCAGACCAACAGUGCUCACUGUGUCAUGUGCCGCACAACUCCUUGCCCAAUACCCAUGCCGUCUGAGCAGCCGAUCUGUGGCAAUGACAACAUCACUUACCCCAGCGCCUGCCACCUUCGCCGGGCCACCUGCUUCCUUGGCCGCUCCAUAGGAGUCCGCCACUACGGCCACUGCAACAAUCCCCCUCGGAAACCUCAAGAUUUCGAAGGCAGCGAGGAGAACGCGGUCUAGACCUUCCUUUUGCAGGAGAUGAGUUGGUCGACAAACAUUUCCACGUCACACCACUAGCUUCCCAUGAUGACCUCUUUAUUUUUUUUGACAAUCACUCCCCCUCCAUGCAUUUGAUAUGGAAGACCUCUGUUGGAAGACAUACAUUAGUGUUACUGCCUCAAAAAGAGCCACAGAAAUUUGCGUUAAUCUUGUGCUAUUUGGGAAACCGAGGCAGAUGAACACGUGUCUCGACAUAGAAGUAUCUCAUUUUGGGAGCUCUUUGGGAGAUGUGUGCAUAUUGUAAAUAGAAUACCACUACUAUUUAUUGGAGAAGUAUCAAACUCUAUUUAUGUUUUUAUCCUAGUAACAAAUCCAUUUAUCCUUGGGAAAGCUGAUGCAAAAAAUGUAUUUAUUGUGUUUUGUUUAUUGUGUAUGUACAAUAGCGGUCACUGGCAUUACAGUUUUAGCAGUCUCCAUUGCCCACAAACAAAACAGCUUUCCCUCAUAAGCUGGUGGAAAGCAACUGUAACUUGUUUGGAAAGUUGAUACCACCUUACAGUCUGCCAGUGUGGUUUCAGUUCACAAACAAGAACAGGACAACUACAGUUGCACUGUAUGUACUUCAGCUUUUGUCUGGAGGUGAGGGGUUCAGCCUAAACAAACCUGUGUAGUGACCCCCCCUGCCGAUCACUAAAAUUAUAAGUUUGGUACAACCCUAACUCCUCCACAAUACCUCCUCUGUUGAGUGCUUGGCUUUGUUUUCUAAAUGCAUUUAUGUAGGUCAUGCUAGUUCAUUCCGUUGCUGUUUUGCUGCUUUGAUUUGAUUGGAUUUUUUCAAGAACUUACUGGAUAGACAAAUGUAAUUAGCAUAGUCUGAUUGAGAGGGAAAUUAAAUUUGUCUGAGAAUGGGCCUCAAUUUAGGCCAACUGAACAUACCUGAUUAACGCUGCCAUCAGAGAUGAGUCAAUCUGUUCAUUGUUGACACUGGUUAACCUGGUAGAUGUGGAGACAAAUGGCCAAUUUCAAAUGGUCAGGUUAUCCAAUCAAAUAUUUAAACUCAAAAGCAGAUGUCUGAAAUACUUUAAUAAAUAUUUUCAGUGUAUUAUGAAACAUUUCAAUGACUCUCCUGUAAAUAACGGUCUCAUGUAUACCUACCUGUGUACCUACUGUGAAUGAUAAAUGCAUCAACAUAUUUUUGUAUUUUUGUACUGCCAUUUCAAAACAACAUAAAGUUUAAUAAUUGUGAAAA